UCAUUAAUCUUAAAACCCUACAAGAAAGGAAAAAAUACUGCAAAAUGAAACAGAUAUUCUCAACACUCCCUCUCGUGUUCUUCUUAUUCUUCUUUCAGUGCACUCCUGCGUUUUCGCAGAGUCUGGCUCCAGCUCCUACACCUCCGGUGCUGGCUCCUCCACCUCCAACGCCAGCUCCUGUUCCUCCGCCGCCGGCUCUUGUACCUACAGCUGUGGUUCCUGCACUUUCCGGUCCCACCAACAUCAAUGCUAUUCUUCAAAAGGCCAAGCAGUAUACGACACUUAUUCGACUCCUAAAAUCCACCCAAAUUGGUGAUCAAAUCAAUUCACGGCUUGACAACUCAAACCAAGGUUUCACAAUAUUUGCUCCAACUGAUUCUGCGUUCAGUAACCUCAAACCAGGCAUGUUAAACUCUCUCACUGAUCAACAGAAAAUCGAUCUGAUACUAUUCCAUGUCCUACCUUCAUUUUUCUCCGUCUCUCAAUUCCAAACUGCAAGCAAUCCGCUAAGAACACAAGCUGGUACUGAAGAACAAUUUCCACUCAAUGUCAUUGCAACUGGGAAUCAGGUGAACAUAACGUCCGAUAUGGUUAAUACAACAGUGGCAAGUACAGUAUAUGCUGACAAGCAGCUAGCCGUAUAUGAGGUUGAUAAAGUACUCCUUCCGAAAGGUCUAUUUGUACCUCCACCGCCAGCUCCUGCACCAUUAAAACCCAAAAAACUCCCGGCUUCAAAUUCUUCCGACGCUGAUGACAUUACUACUCCUGUCAAUUGA